CCGUCACAAGUGAAUGAGGGGCAGAGGAAGUGUCUGCUCAGUUGCCGGAGCCUGCCCAGGAACCAGCCUCACACCAUUUGGGGACGCAGCUGAGCGUAGCAGCCCCUUGGCAAGGCAGCGGUGCUCCCCGGCUCCCCAGUCAUGUCCUGGCAGCUCUCUGCAAUGGUGGUGCUCUUCGUGUCCCUGGCCGUGAUCCUGCAUUAUGGUGGUCACACGAGAGCCAAGCUGUUUCCAGAAAUCUCAGGCUCUUCUCCAUCCACAACAGCAGCAACAGUACAGGCCCCAGCAAAACCUUCUCUCCUGCGGCCCACUAACCAUGUGCCUCACAAAACUUUGGCAACAAGAUCAACGGAUGGUCAUGUCACCUCUCAAAUAGCUUUCACAACCUCCAACUCUGAGACCCUGACCACCCACACAACCAUAAAAAUUCCAGCAACAACUUCCCUGGUAACUACAAACAGCACCUCAUCUACCAGCCCAAUAACCCACACCCUGGUCACAACCCUGGCCGUACCCAACAAGUCACACACAACUUCAGUCACUGAGGCUACAGUCGGUCCCAGCAUGGGUCCCAGUUCAUCACCACCUACCAUCACCCCACCAGCCCACACAACUGGAAACAGGCCCUCGACUGUCAGCCACACCACUGGGAAAACCACCCAACCCAGGAGCCAGACCAUCCUUCCAGCAACGCUGUCUGCCUUACCACACAGCAGCACAAUUAGUCAGAAGCCUACUCUACCCACCAGCACCCCAGGUCCAACCACAACCGCACAUAAUACCACCCAAACAGCCUCACCUGCUCCCACAGCUCCAGGGCCCACCCUUGCACCUCAGCCGUCAUCAGCCAAGACUGGAAUUUAUCUCGUUCUAAAUGGAAGCAGGCUCUGUAUCAAAGCAGAGAUGGGGAUAGAGCUGACAGUUCAAGAUUCAGGGACGGUUCUUUCACCCCUAAGAUACUUCAGCAUCGACCCCAAUGCAACUCAAGCCUCUGGGAACUGUGGCUCCCGAAAAUCCAACCUUCUCUUGAACUUCCGGGGUGGAUUUGUGAAUUUCACAUUUACCAAGGAUGAAAACUCCUAUUAUAUCAGUGAAGUGGGAGCCUAUUUGACUGUCUCAAAUCCAGAGAAGGUUUACCAAGGAAUGAAAAAUGCUGUGGUGAUGUUUGAGACUGUGGUCGGGCAUUCCUUCAAGUGUGUGAGUGAACAGAGCAUCCAGCUCUCACCCCACCUUCAACUGAAAACAACGAAUGUCCAACUUCAAGCCUUUGAUUUCGAAGACGACCACUUUGGAAAUGUGGACGAGUGUUCAUCUGACUACACAGUUAUGCUUCCCGUGAUUGGGGCCAUCGUGCUUGGGCUCCUCACUGUGGGUUUGAUUGUCUAUGGAAUCCGCCUAAAGCGUGAAUCAUCUGGAUACCAGAGAUUCUAACUGCUGCCAGGGGAAAAGAAAACCAUGGAGUUUAGAGGAUUCUUUCAUCGUUUCCUGGAUGUUGAGGACUUCCCUUAGUGUGGUUCCUUCCAACAGCGUAACCCAUCAUCUUUCACAGAAACCAAAUCAUUUCUGAUUUAAGUUCAAGCAGCAUACCAAUUUCUAAAUAUUUUUUGUUCGUCUUACAAAAUAUCUAGUGUGCUUUUUAAAAAUAUGUUCUAGUUUCCUUGAAAAUAUUUUAACCACUCAAAGUCAACAUUUGAGAUACAUUAACAUAAUGUAUGUAAAAUGGUAUAUACUCCGAAUUAUAGUCCAAAGCAGCAAUUGUAAUUAACGCUACUUGUGUUCACAUUGGGGGUUUUAUUUUAUCCUUAACCUUCUCCAUUUUUAAAAAUGCUUCUGUUUUGUCUAUAAAAUGGAUUUUCAAUGCUUUUACUAUCCAUGUUUUAUAUGAUGUACAUUUGCCUGGCAAUUGAUUUACCUCCUUUUCCACUUCAAGUGUUUUCUAAAAAGCAUCAAAAAGAACAACAUAUCACAAGUUGUCUAGGUUUUUAAUGUGACACCAGGAGGAAUAAAUCAGCUUAUGUUUUUAUCUUGGUGAGUCCUGCUCCAGAAUCACUUAAGACUAAGAACUAGGUGGCUAUGGACAACAGAAUAAGCAUGAAACAAUAAUAAUGGCCCUUCAAUAUUGACCACAUAUGUGCCCAACACUAGGUUAAGCACUUUAUAUACAUCUCAUUUAACUUUCACAACUUACAUAUGAGUAAACUCAGACUUAAGGAAAUUAGUCACUCAAAUGUCAUCCAGCUCACAAAUGACAGAGCCAGAAUUUGAAUUACUUUUGGUCUGGUACCAAGGACUCUGGUCUUUUCCACUACAGCAAGGGGCCUCCAAAAACAAUGACUCUAAGUGCUGCCUGAAGCCUCACACCGGCAUAUGCUCCCUUCUUAAAGAGGAAAUGAUUUUGUCCAGAAUCAUGAGAGAUUAGGGUCCAUGAAAGGAGGGCUUAAUGGAAAAUGAAAUAGCCUGUCUUUAUAAAGUGCUUCAGUCCCUUGAAAGAAACUGAGGGGCUCUAUAAAAUACUCAUUUCUCAUUCUAUGGGAUUGUUAAACUGUGAUUCUAAGGACAAAGGAAUGUAGUAAACUUCUCAAGGUAUUUUUUUUUAUUUCUUUGAUAGUAGAGAAAUCUAACUGCUAACCAAUUUUUCUUUCCUGAAUGUAGAUCCCCCUCUUGUGGUAAUUUGCCUCUUCUGCAGUAUAUAGCCACAUUUUCUACUCUAGUUCACUUUAUUCUGUGGAGCAGCCUGCUAAGAGUUUUAUUCCUCCUUGUUUUUACUACCAAAAAAAAAAAAAGGAACUAAGUCAGGAUAUUAACAGAAAAGACCACACACCCCUAUCAUUUUUUAUUAAAGGAAUAAUUGAAGUCACCCUAGAGAACAUAUUGACUUCCCUGAGUUGUUCUCUUAGGACUCAAUAGGGUUGGCAAGGUCCUAACUUUAGUCUUAAUAGAAUAGUGAAUUGUUUUAAAAGUUUUGUAAUUAAAAACUUAUUUUGGAGAUUUGUUUAUGUCAUUCAUUUUUUAUAAUUUGUGUUAUUAAAAGUUUGUUUACAAUUA